CGAAUUGUUAUUCCAAAUCAUUACUUCACUGUGCUCUAAUAAAGUAGUAUUGUGACAAUAUUUUUUAACAAAAAAUACGAAUCGUCAACUUGAUCGAUAAUGGCUUUAUCAGUUGUAUUAACUAUGGUAGCGGCUCUUCUGGCAUCGAGUAACUCUAAUCCCAUAGAAAACAAGACUCCUUCGGGAUAUGAAGUAAAGAAUGGUAGUCUGUGGGAAAAUUUUUGCUUCCAUAAACCGAAAGGUUACGACGAGAUCGAAAAAAUGUUCCAAGACCUCCUGCCUUCCUUUACAGAAAAUAUCGACAACGUGCAUAAAAAUUGGUCCAGUGACGAUACCUUUUCACCAGAUUACUUAGAGAAUGAUAACUGUCCAUACACAGCUAGGUGGGAAUCAGUUUACUGCCACAAGGAACCUAACCAAACGAAUCUUGAUUUCAUCGUGCAGGCUAAAGCCUUUCCUCAAAAGUUGUUGAAAGUGCAGUGCAAGAAUUCUGGCGGCGCACAUGGCCUCGGAGGCAAAUGCUUCACCAGCUUGGGAUAUGACAACUUCGAAGAACAAUUUCAGUGUCGCGAAACUAUUGCAACGCGAAGUCUAGUAAUAUACGACCCUGAAACACAUGAACUCAAGACGAAAAGCUACUCGAUUCCAGUUUGCUGCUCAUGUCGAGCUGUAAGCUUGUAAAGAUUAAGUUUGCCAAAACAAGAGAAUGUUUUAGUAUGAUUUAGGCAAAAUGAUGACUAAAAAACAUAGCUAUAGGUACAUGUACUUUACUGACUAGGUAGUUUCUACACGUACAUAGCUUAUAAAAGUUUUCGAAGACUGAACCAAUAAAAUGUGUAAUUGUAAAACAUGAGCGAACAUUUUAUUACACAUUUCUAUUAAUCUUAAGAGAUAUAUGUAAUAUUAUUUAUUAUUUAUGACGUAAGAUAAAUUAUAAUCUUUGUGUUUUCGCUUUAAAUAAAAGAAU